AUGAAGAGAAACAGUGAUACCAUGUCUAAGGAAGAAUCGAUUAACGAGCAGUUGAAACUUGAAUUUCCCUCAAAAUCACGGAAGCGAUACAGCGAAGAAGUGAAGAUUGAAAUCGACAAUGAUAUAUUACGGUCACCUCUUCACUGCACACCCAACAAUCAGGAACAAGCAGAGUUCAAUGAAAUGGUGCACGCCUACAAACUGCACCAACGAAUGAUGCAACUCUCAUUCUCAAAUAUCGAUGAAUUUUUGGAUGAGCACGAAGAAGGACCAAAACUUCGAAAAAUGGAUCCAUCGGAUGUCAAACAACUAUCUGAAGUGGAAUUUGCUGGGUUGAUUUAUUGGAUUGACAAGCAAAAACCGUACGGAGAACUUCCGAGUGAAGAUAAAUCAGCACUUCUCACGAGAUAUUCAGUCCGCAAACUUAGCUUAGACCACUUCUACAGUGCUUCGAAGUAUCCGGAUCAUUGUUCCCGAAGAGAGUUCGUUAUGAACAACUAUACAUAUGUCCCAAGUGAUCGAACUGGAUUUGAGCAACAAGAUGAUGAUGAACAGCAGAUUGCAGCCAAAGUGGCGCUAUUUUCUGGAACAUUCACUCGAUUCUGGAAUAACGUAAUUGAUCAGUUCGUUGCAAUGAAAAUCCACGACGCAGAGAUUGUUUUCCUUCACAGUAUGUUAUUGUGGAGUGCUUCGAAUAACGAGCACGUGACGAAGGAAACAAUCAAAGUGAUGAAGUCUCGUCGAAAUUGGGCAAUUACCCGUUUGAGCACCUGGUACAAAAACAGAAAUAUGAAAGAAGCAGAUCAACGACUCCAACGUGUUCUCUCCCUUCACACAGAGAUUGAGAUUAUCUGUGACAUGCAUUGCCAAGAUUUCCUUGUUGCAAAAAUGUUCGAUAUCUGUGAUAUGAGCGAGUUCUUUUACGAAAAACUAUGCUACGCUCCAUGUAAUGCUGAUCCAAAGAAGAUCGAUCCAGAAUUGUACGAGAAGCUCAAACAGUACACGAAAAAAGAAAGACAAGAAGCAAUAGAAGCUAUCAACGAAUCCGAAAUUCAAGAAAACUCACAAUCUGACUCUCCAGGAAAGGAAAAUCGUUGUCCUUUGGAAAAUGAAAAUAAAGUUGAAAUUGCUGAGAAAAAAGAACCUAGUUUCAUUGAUAUAAUCGAUCCAGUUCACCUAGCAUUGAAUUCGCAGAUUCUUCCGAAGGUCAUGGCCAAACUGCCGGAUGAUAACUACAACAUGAUGUUCAGUCAUUAUUUUUCAUAG